CUAACGACAUCACGUGUAAUUUAAAUAUUGGACCCAACACAAAUCAGUCAACAAUCCACCGUGGUCACGAUCAGCUCGUUGUUCCGAAUAUUCAUUACACACGAUCAAGCCGGCAAUAUGAGAUCAAUUUGCCUAAUUAUUGUCUGCGGUUUCAUUAUCAGCUGUCAAGGUUAUACAGCCAUUUUCCCCAAUUCCGAAAACAAAGAUUUUCCCGGUGAAUGCUACGAUACUGAGACCAAAAUUCACUUCAAACCCGGCGAAAACCGACAGCGACCCGGAAUGUGUGAAGAAAUGUCAUGUGGAACGGAUUUCUCAAUCCACUUUUUCGGGUGUGGACUGGCUAUUUUAGACGAUGACCCAGACUGCGAGCCAAUUGUACAGGACUUCACUAAGGACUACCCACAAUGCUGCCAUAAGUACAAAUGCGUACGCAAUGGAGAAGUUAAUUAUAUUUAGGAAAACUGUAAUAAACUUGUGAUUUGAAAUAGUUAAACAACUUAAAACUUUAAUUAUAAAUGUAAGCAGUUAAUUAUAUAUUUACAACAAUAAACAUAUAUUUAAAAGUGA